GUCCUGUUGCUCGGCAACCGAUUUGCGUCCUCCAGCUGAGCAGGCGCCUGGUUAGUUACACCUGUGAAGCGGAGCCAACGACUGGCUACAGCAGCCCUACGCUUACACCUCCCACGCCCACCUCACGUGCAAACAACGUGUGGUCCCAGGUGCUCAUUCCAAGUUUGCCUUCAGCCUGGGCUGCGGGCUGGCAUUGCGGCGAAACACUGCUGUCGAGAAAGCGCCUAAGUUUUCCUUCUGAAGUCCUCCUUUAGAAGACUUAGUGGAGAAAAGAAAGUCACUGUUAUACGCCCAAUUUAGAGCCACUUACCUUGGGAGCACACAGCGUUCUGAGGCUCGAGAAAGCAAGUAACUUGUCAGUUAACUAGGUGUGGGAAGGGGACCCUUAACUUCAGACACUGCCUCAGAGUGAAGCCGGGGAGUGCAGGGGCAAGUGCCAGACCGUUUGUUGCCCUGUCAUGCUCAGCAGAGCUUACUACUUGCUGCAAAGAGACUUCCGAGAGUUGAAAAAGAACAAUUAUGAGGGUAUCACUGCCUUUCCUAUAAGUGAAGAUAUGAUGGAAUGGGAAGCUGAUAUUGAAGGUCUACAGAAUACAAUUUGGCAUGGUUCAUUCUUCCAAUUGGUGAUACAUUUUACACUGGCGUACAAUUUUGUCCCUCCAGUUGUGAAAUUUAAAACAAUUCCUUUUCAUCCAAAUGUGGACCCACACACUGGCCAGCCCUGUAUAGAUUUUUUGGACAACCCUCAUCAGUGGAAUAGAAGCUAUACAUUGAGCAGCAUCUUACUUACCCUCCAGGUUAUGCUUUCUAAUCCAGUGUUAGAAAACCCAGUGAAUGUGGAAGCAGCCCAUAUACUGACUAAAGAUGAAACUCUGUACAGACUAAUAAUUCUACAACUUUUCCACCAGCCAUUAUCAUUGAAAGGUGACAGUUCUGAGCCACCUGAAGACCCUGAUAAAGUGAUCAAAUCAGUUAAAUCCAUCUCAUUUAAUGACUACUACAAGACGUGGUCUGAAAUAGCCACGUCAAAAGCCACGGAGUAUUACAGAACUCCAUUGCUUGAAGAUCCAAAUUUCGUUGGAGAGUAUUAUAAAUGGAAGAAAAAUGAGGGAAAACAUCCUAAAGAAUGUCAUUUAAAGUAA